CCACGCCCUCUCUAAUAUCCAUCCCUCCUAACUCACUAUUUACGAUACCUCCAUGUCUCUCCCUUCUGCAUUUGCAAAUGGAAACAUAAAAAUAAACAACUCAAAGAUUAAAAAAAAGAAAGAAAGCGUGAAGAUCGGGUCUAAUCUGGGUUCUCUUGAAAGAUUAACCAAUUCUUUGAAUCUUUUGUAGUCUCCCUCGUGUAUAUAUAAAUCAGCCUCAAGAGAAGAGAAAAGAGCUCCGCAAUUCAUUUCAUCUUUUUUCCUUUUUGUAACAACUUUUUUUUCUAAAGGUAUAUAUAUUUAAACUCUUGUUGUAGUUUUAGUUGUCGGUUUAGGGUUUUUUUCUUUCUAAAAUUUCAAUCUCUUUUUAUCGUUUCAUGUGUGUAAUUACAACGAAAAAUACCCCAAGGGUUAGGGUGGAGUGAGGUGUGAUUUUGGAAUCUGUUACUUUUUCUUUCAUUUUCUAGGGAAACCCAAACAGUGUGUUCUGUUUUACUUCAAUUUUUCUUGCUUUUUUCUAGGCACUUUAAACAGGGUUUUAUCUGUUUGGUUUUAGGUGUAGGAAGUGAGAAUAAAAAUAAAUUGUAUGUAGUGGUGAAUUUGAGAGGUUUUUUUUUUUUUUGGAAAAGAAGGCAAGGGUUUUGAUUUUGGUGGAUAAUUUUGGAAAUUGAAAUGCCGGAGGAGGAGGUGGUAGAGAUUAAGUUUCGGUUGUACGAUGGAUCAGAUAUGGGUCCAUUUCGAUACUCGCCUGCUUCAACCAUUGCUAUGCUCAAGGAAAGAAUUGUUGCUGAAUGGCCUAAAGAUAAAAAAAUUGCGCCUAAGGGAGCAAAUGACAUCAAACUGAUAAAUGCUGGGAAAAUUUUGGAGAACAACAAGAUUGUUGGCCAGUGUAGAGUACAUUGUGGUGAUCUUCCUGAAGCAGUCAUCACCAUGCAUGUUGUCGUGCAGCCGUCUGUAACAAAAGUUAAAACAGCAGAAAAGAAGGUGGAUGAGCCUCCCAGGAAUAACUUAUGUUCAUGUUCCAUAAUGUAAAAUUGUUUGGUCUCGAUUCAGAGAGAUGGUCUCCCCAGUUCCUUGGGUCUGCUGUGCUAUGGACCGUGGUGUGCUGGAAAAAAAAAAGAUAAUUAGUAAAACAGUGUCAUUCCUCAUUGUUUGUCAGGGCAUUUUUCAGAAAGGAUGAUAUUAAAAUGGGUGUUUCAUGUAUUUGGUAGCUACCCUUAAUUUUUAUUUUGUUUUGUCUUCAUUAUUUGUUUAAUGGAAAGCUAAUGGAUUCAUUGACAUA